UAGCGAUCAGUUGAGCUGUGUCGAAUCGAUCGGAUAGACACAUACGCCGGACACUCCGGAAAAGCACCGCAUUGUCGUAUCCCGCGGCACAUCGUUCGCUUUCCAAACUCAACACCAUUCCGUCCAUACGUUCCAGCAAUCCGAUCCCACCGGAGAGCAACUUUUACGUUCGAGUUACUGUGAAAAUGCUGUGACAGUGUGUCCGCCGUUGUGUGUUUUCCGCCAUUCGGUGUACCGUGCCCGGAAGUGUACUUCUCACUCGAACCAAACCGAAAACAAAAACUGAAAAGUCCAACCUUUGCCCGUUGAGUUUCUAUCGUUUGAAUCGCUAAAGCGUAACGAGUUUCCGCCGUGUCGAUACUUAUUCACUUUUGAAUACUUCACCGAACAGUGGCGUCAAUGAUGAGUUUCCUGAGGGCACUCAAUCAGACCGGAAGGGUGCUGCGAUUUGGACACCAGUUGCCGAAGCGUUACUUUUCCAUCGUCGGAAGCCCGAACGUUAGUGCGUACCUUAUCCAGCAGGCCAACAAAGCGAAAAACGUUAACCGUACUUUGCACGGACUUCACGAACGAAAACAGGCCACCUUCAACGAGCGCAGCCAGCUGAAGUACGCAAGACGACUUGUGGUAAAGCUUGGCAGUGCCGUCAUUACUCGCGAGGAUGAACAUGGUCUUGCUUUGGGUCGUCUUGCUUCCAUCGUGGAGCAGGUGGCCGAAUAUCACGUGGAGGGUCGCGAAUGUAUCAUGGUAACGAGCGGUGCCGUUGCGUUCGGUAAGCAAAAACUUACCCAGGAGUUGCUGAUGUCGCUAUCGAUGCGUGAAACAUUAUCGCCGACGGAUCAUACGCGUCAGGAUGCUGGUACGAUGGUGGAACCGAGGGCAGCCGCUGCGGUAGGUCAAUCUGGUCUAAUGUCGCUGUACGAUGCAAUGUUCGCCCAGUACGGCAUCAAGAUUGCACAGGUGCUGGUGACUGAGCCGGACUUUUACAAUGAAGAAACGCGCAAGAAUCUCUUCAGCACACUGUCGGAGCUGAUCAGCCUCAACAUUGUGCCGAUCAUCAACACGAACGAUGCGGUCGUUCCGCCAAUGUUUAUCGUCGACCAGGAAGUGUCGGCUACGGGCAAGAAGCGUGGCAUACGCAUUAAGGAUAACGACAGUUUGGCGGCACUGUUGGCAGCCGAAAUUCAUGCCGAUCUGCUGAUCCUGAUGUCGGACGUGGAUGGCAUUUAUAACAAGCCUCCGUGGGAGGAUGGUGCACGGCUGAUGCACACGUACACCGCCGGUGAUAAGAAUCUGAUCAAGUUUGGCGAAAAGUCUAAGGUCGGUACCGGUGGCAUGAACUCGAAGGUAAUGGCAGCGACUUGGGCGCUGGAUCGUGGUGUGAGUGUGGUGAUCUGCAACGGUAUGCAGGAUAAGGCCAUCAAGAGCAUACUUACCGGGCGUAAGGUGGGCACGUUCUUUACUGAGUCUACCACCGAGAAGGCCACACCUGUGGAACAAAUCGCUGAAAAUGCUCGUACUGGUAGUCGCGUUCUUCAGAAUCUCACGGCGAACGAACGUGCACAGGCCGUAAACACACUGGCGGAUCUGCUCGUAUCACGCCAAUCACAAAUUCUUGACGCCAACGCGAAAGAUCUCGAUGAGGCAAAGAAGUCCGGUCUAGCGAAGCCUCUUCUUUCACGACUAUCGCUGACUCCCUCCAAGUUGGAAAGUUUGGCCAAAGGACUGAAACAGAUCGCCGACGACAGUCACAAGAACGUGGGUCGUGUGAUCAAACGUACCAAACUAGCUGAUGGACUCGAGCUGAAACAAGUCACUGUCCCGAUCGGUGUGCUGCUGGUCAUAUUCGAAUCCCGUCCAGAUUCACUGCCACAGGUGGCCGCCCUUGCAAUGGCUUCCGGUAAUGGAUUACUUCUGAAAGGUGGCAAGGAAGCAGCACACAGCAAUCGGGCACUGAUGGAACUGGUCAAAGAGUCUCUCGCACCUACGGGAGCAUCAAAUGCGAUCUCCUUAGUAUCGACCCGCGAGGAAAUUAGCGAUCUUCUCUCGAUGGACCAACAUAUUGAUCUGAUCAUCCCGCGUGGAUCGAGUGAAUUGGUGCGCAGCAUUCAAGAAAAGGCCCAACACAUUCCGGUGAUGGGACAUGCUGAGGGUAUUUGUCAUGUGUACGUCGAUCGGGAAGCGGAUCUAGACAAGGCUCUGAAGAUCAUUCGCGAUUCCAAGUGUGACUAUCCGGCGGCCUGUAACGCAAUGGAAACGCUUCUCAUCCACGAAGAUCUGCUGCAAAAUAGUUCCUUCUUUACUGACGUAUGCAAUUUAUUGAAGCGCGAAGGCGUUAAAAUUAAUUCCGGACCCAAGCUAAACCAGAUGCUGACCUUCGGACCACCGCAGGCAAAAUCGCUCAAGUUUGAGUAUGGUGCGCUAGAGUGCAGCAUUGAAGUUGUGAAAAAUUUGGAAGAAGCUAUCGAUCACGUUCACGCGUACGGCAGUGGUCACACGGAUGUUAUCGUUACGGAAAAUCCCUCAUCGGCCAACUACUUCCAGAGCAACGUCGACAGUGCUUGUGUAUUUCACAAUGCUAGCAGUCGCUUUGCGGACGGAUUCCGCUUCGGUCUCGGUGCGGAGGUAGGCAUAUCCACCGCGAGGAUACAUGCCCGCGGGCCAGUCGGUGUCGAAGGGCUGCUCACGACGAAAUGGAUCCUCAGCGGUGUUGAUCAUACGGCUGCGGAAUUUACCGAUGGUUCACGUGCCUGGCUACACCAAUCGCUACCAACCGAUUAAUCGGCGUAAGCUACAACAUCCGAUUAUUACAAUCCCUGGCCAACGUGCUCCCGUUUACAAAGUUUUCUUCACCAGCGUAAUUUGAUUGGCCAUUUUAAAUUGCCAACUUUUGAUGUGUUUUUUUUUUAUUAUUUGAGUAUGCCUUCCCUACACCCACGAACAGAAAUGUUGCGAUGUGUGCAUUACGGAUUGCGAGAAAGUAUGUAAUGCGCAACACAAUCGAAUAAACUCAAUUAAUUAUCCUUACCACCGUAUCAUAUUAGCGCGCCGCUGGAACAUAAUCGUUCGGUUCCACGUCGCCAUCAUCAGCGCAAGUGGGCUAAGGGGUAGUGUUUGGGUUGAAAAUGAAAUAAAAGCCGCCUGUAAAUAACGAUAGUUUAA